GCGAAAUCAACUUGAUGAAUGAUGGUGUGUCGGUGCUAAAGAGGUAAAAAUAAGCUGAAUUGGUUUUUGCAGAAGGAAACUCUCACUACAGUACUGCGCUUUUAAUAGCAGGAGAGCAAGAAGAUCUCAACCAUGACAAGCUGUGACACCAACAAAAUAGUAGAUAUCACGCACUAAGUCAACGGUCUCUUAUGGGCUUGUAGCCUUUAUGCAUUUUCGCAUUCUUGCCGCUUGGACGGGCUAGUUGGAACAAUUCAAACAAAGAGAGUGCAAAAGUCCAAAGGGGAGUUUAACAUAUGCGGCCGGGUAGCCAGAUUUCACGUCGCCUUAGCGUGAUGACAUGUCCAGUUCAGUGUCUUACUUGAUUGGGUCCGCCCCGGCACCUGCGAAGGUUACUGAAGGCUCUGCUCGCCUGGCUCCUGCUGGCUUCUUCUGUUUUUCAUCUCCGGCGCCAUGUCGACGGCACCCAAUCACCUCGUCAACGUUGCCACUUGUAUCACUUGGAAUCACUAUUCCCGUACAAGCUCAAAUUUGGCUGUCUUUACAGCGUGCGAGCUUUGGAUGAGCCGUCGAACAAGGUUUGUCUUUCCAGUUCAUAUCGUUCGGAUCCAGGACGUGUAGCACAUUACAUACCGACCAUAGAGACUAUGGUAUCUCGUGAGUUUUCCAGUCGAGAAUUCUAUGAGUAUAAUUGUGAAUAUAUCUCCGCAGGGAAAUAUUUAAAACAUAUUUUCAUUGUAAACCAGGAAUAGAUGUUUAGAAGCUUAAUUAUACGAAAAAAGUU